CGACUACAUUCACUUGUUACCAUUCAUUGAAAUGUACCGUCGCCGCUCCAACAUCUUGCACGACCCCAUACAGCAGCAGUAUCAUCAUCAUGGCAGAGGCGGCGGACCAGAUCAUCCCGCAGAUGACAUUAGUUGACUGGCUCGAUGACUUGACCGUGCGCUUCCUUCUCAACCUUCCGCCUUCCGAGCUCAGCAGCGUCCCCCGACUAUGUUUCCAGGUGGAGGAGGCACAAUGGUUUUAUGAAGACUUCAUCCGCCCAGCUAAUCCAGCCCUGCCUUCGCUCAAUCUGCGCCAAUUCUGCUUGACCCUCUUCCAGCACUGUCCUUUACUCAGUGGUUUUAAUGCAGCCCAGCACUUGGCCGCCUAUGAGGAGUUCCUCGCGUACAAAGUGCGCGUUCCUGUGCGUGGUGCCAUCUUGAUGGACGACAACAUGGAAAAGGUGCUACUCGUGCGUGGCUGGAAGAAAGGUGCGAGUUGGUCCUUUCCGCGUGGCAAAAUCAACAAGGACGAGCCGGACAUUGAUUGCGCUAUUCGCGAGGUGUACGAGGAGACAGGUUUUGACUUGGGAGCUGCCGGACUGGUUGAGCGUAAUAAGAUUGGAGAUGGCAAGGUGAAGGCUAUCGAUGUCACCAUGCGUGAGCAGCAUAUGAAGCUGUUCGUUUUCCGCGGCGUGGCUUUGGACACGCACUUUGAGACGAAAACCAGAAAAGAGAUUGGUAAAAUUCAAUGGUACAACGUUAAGGACUUGCCAGGAUUCAAGAAAGUGAAGGGCGUCGCGGGUCAGGGCCAGGGAGAGGCAGAGUCGGUCAAGUUCUACAUGGUCGCGCCGUUCUUGGGCCACUUGAAAAAGUGGAUUGGGCAGCAGAGGAGGAAAGACUCGGAAAUGGCAACGCAAGCACAGCACGGGAGGAACAUUUCGUUGUCCAACGAAGGAAUACAGGCGACCAUCACUGAAGACGAAGCCGAGGACACUGAAGCUGGCCUUUUCACGAACAACGGUGCGCCAUCUGGCACUAGAAGCGCAGAUGAGCUCAAGCGGCUGUUGUCUAUUGGUGGUCCUGCUUCUUCAACCAGUCAGCCUUUGCAACCUGUCCUGCCUUCGAACGGGGCUCCAACAAACACUCUACUGGCUAUGCUGCAAGGCAGCAUCGUCGCUCCUGCGGGCAGUUCUUUACCUCAUACACCAUAUGAGCAAGUCGAUCCCUUCAUACCGGCACAAGAGCCACGAACGCCACAACCUCAGCCUCCACGGCACGCAUCAGCAGCAACACCGCAGUCCGUCCUACCUCAGUCUCAGUACUCGCCGCAAACCUUGCAGCAGGGUCUUCUUCAGCAACAGCAAGCACAGCGUCAUUCUUCUAUGUUCAAUCCCAGCUUUUCGAGUCAGCUCAGUCAUCAACAGCCUGGUCUGAACCAGUUCCCACCGCAUACCCAGCAGCAGCUUUUGCAGCAACAGCAACGACAACACAGCUUGCCUGCUGGCUUGUUACCUGGGCAAGGGCCUGGACCACACCUUGGUCAGCGACUAUACAAUCAUGGUUUGCAGCAAGCGCAGCAUGGAUCAAGUGUGCAAGACAUUCAUGUUCGUGGGCCAUCCCAACAGCAGCUGCUACCACCUCACUCACAGCCGAUACCGAACCAAAACAUGUACAACGUCUCUACCUUGCCUCCGCAACGACAUAUGUCUGGCUUUGGACCUGCAGCAGCACACGCCCCUAUCGGCAGUGAAAGGGCUGCACCCGACGCCAACAAGCUCCCGCCCCCGAAGCUGAAUGCACACUCCAUGAAACUACUCGAUGCGUUCAAGACGGGCCCAGGAACAUCUGUAUCGGGUCCUUCAGGCAACGGCAAUGGCCAAAGAUCAGGCAGCCAACACCAAGCAGCACUUCUAGAUCUCUUCCGGAAGCCAUCGGUAGCCACGCCCUCCCCGCUGUCAUCAUUAUCGGCUCAGAAGCCAGUGUCGCCAGCGUCAGCAUCUUCAGCACUUACAGAUGCCACCGAAAUGCCCGCACCCGCCAGGAACUUCGAGCGCAGGCCUACACUGAACGAGAUCACGCGCACUCUUCCACCCAGAACGAAGGCAGUGUCGCCUGCAAUGCCUGCAAUGCCUGCAAUGCCUGCAAUGCCUGCCGAACUGCCACAAGCUCCACCCAGCAACGCCUUGGUACCCGAUAAAGAACAGCCGCCACAACGAAGCCGAACGCCUGGAGCAAGAUCAUCUGUUCGCGUUGCAUCAGAGACGGUGCGAUCGAAUGAUGUUCAAAUUGAGCGACCGAAGUCUCGAGGCCAGCUCUUCGACCCAUCGCAUCCCAAGAGGACUAUGCGGGCCUCACCGCAGGUGAAGCAGCAGGAGGUUGCGAGCUCUCGUCCACAAUCACAACUGAUGGGUCGCGCGCCAAAGUCUCCCAGACCCGGUCCUAGACCUCCCGCUUCCUCAUCGCCCAAGCCCAGGAACAAACAGGCUCGUAACGAGAACGGGCCCCCGCGACAGCCUCAACCAGUGCCGCAGUUUAGCAUACUGCAGCGACCAGGCUCGUCGCGCACCUCGGUACCGCCUAGUCCUCUGAGACAAGAAGCGCCAUCGUCGGCCCGCCCUCUGCAGGUACUCAAACGCCAGCCAGAUAAUCAAAAGGAGAAUCCGAACGUGGCACUGCUGUCCAACAAUGCGGUGGGGACACCAGCGGCUGAUGAUAAGAAAGACCAAUUACUUGCGCUUUUUGGAAAAAGAACGCAGAGCAGCGCUGCACCCGUGCCCACACAAGCUCAAAAUACGACCUCGAAAAUAUCGUCCGCACCCACAGAGCCUCAGCAGGAUAGGCAGCAGAAGAAUCCAUUGCUUGAUUUGCUUCAGGGCAGCCAGGCGGAAAAAGCACCAAAGACACCAGAGCCUCCAGCAUCUCCCGACCUUAUACCACAGCGGAAGCCCUCUGCUCAAGGAUCGGGAUCGCAGCAUCUUCUCAAUCUCUUCACGAAGCCGAGCACAGCUCUUGGCAACAGACUCAACAGUCCAGGAACACCAAUAUCACCUUUCACACUGGGCACGCCUGCGACUACUUUGUCGAUGGAUAAGAUGUCACAUGCGGCGUAUGAAGCAAUGCCUCGCGCCUCCGAGAAUAAAAGCAGAUUAGGCAGCAUUGCCAGUGGUAUGAGCAACGGCACGAGAUCAGGAAGUGGCGCACAAACGCCAACUGAAGCUAAGGAUUUACUGUUGGGCUAUCUUAAUGGCGUCGUCCAGUCCGAGGGAUACAAAGGCACGAAGAAGUCUGUAUAACGCGGUGAAAGCUACGAGUCGAUUAGGCAGUAUGACUAGUCUAGCAUAAUGGCGUAGCCAUAGUUCGAAAUCAAUCCUCGUGAAAAGAC